AUGGUUGGAUGUUAUGAGUAUACGGCGUGGAACAGCUUCUAUGAAGAAUAUCUGUCCCUAAUCCAGCAGCUACUGUAUGUUUCUGACCUGGAGCAGGUGGCUAUUUAUACAAGCUGCAAAGCAAAGCUAAGGGCCGCUUACAAAGCUAGGAGAGCCCCCAACAUAAGCGGGUUGGGUGUCAAAGGCCUCAACAUUGAUGUGUUGGGGAUUUUCCUACGCAACGCAAUGCCAAUUAUUUCUAUAAGUCUCGAUCCUUCUCUAACAAGCACAUACGACCACAGGGUGUGGAGAACAGGGCUUCCCGUCCGCUCAGCCGUACUUAAGCCACACGCCGGCCGGUUAGUAGUUGGGUGGGUGACCACCAGCGAAUCCCGGCUGUUUCCAUCCAUCACUGCGAACAAGGAGAGUGCAGUGAAGUUGACUGCUAAACAAAACAUGCUUGCUCUUUCCUUUGGAUUUCCCUUGAUUAUAUCUAUCUUCGGAGUGAUAUCACCACCUGUUGUUAUAUACCUUCACAUUCUCCUCGAGUAUCACUAUCCGCCCGAAUCUCCACAAGCCUCCAAGUAUCCCAUAAAUCCGGAAAUCCUGUGA